AUGAGACGCCUUUCCUUCGAUCAAACAAACGGCCUCGACGACUCGCAUGCUUCUAAGACGUACAACGGGAACGGUACCGCCGACAAAGAUCCUGGGCCAAUUGUCUAUCCUUCGACAGAAUUUUUGAUCCACGAGAAAGCUGAUGUUUUGAUACCACGAACUAUUCCUAUUACUGGAAUCGAUAUGAACACUGCUGCGAACCCUCCUAUCAUUGGCACUGGCCCUGAUUCUAUAUGGGCUACGGUGAACAUCUCCGCAGAAGCCAGCUCUAACGAACCCUUCAACCUUGGAUGGCCUGCACCAUUGGAUGUUGUGAUUAUUUUGGACAUUGUACCUCACAUACAUAUCAGCAUGCUACGGCAAAUAGUCAUCAGCUCGUUGGCUAUUGUGUCUUCGUUGACUGCUGUUGACGAUCGAUUUGCCAUUGUUUAUGUCGAUAAAGAUUCUGCAGACGGUUUUGGAUUACUCCUUCCUAUGGACGUGCAUUCUUUGGACUCUGCCCGCAUCGCAAUGGAUAUUUUCUCGCUCCAUCAGCUCACAGGUCAAAGGUCAAGAAAGAUCGAUUUGCAGCAAAUCAUUCGGCAAAUAUCUGAAACUGUCUAUCUUCGUGACAGACUAGCACUCUGUCAUGCAUUCUUCGUUACAGCAUCCCCUUCAGUACGACUCUCCACACCUGCGACGGACAGAGGAAUCGGCUUUCAUACUAUAUCCCCACAUUUUCGAUUCCCUUUUAGCGGAUCCGAUAUUCCUUCCGGGUGGCACAUCUUCUAUGAUACCAAUAGCUACGAUGCAAAUUCGAAAGAAGCCGUAUUAAAACACAAGAUAUCUACGGCGAUCGAACACAUGCGUACUGGAGUAGAGCCGGGUGUUGUGACGGAUCUGAAGCUCAGUCUCGUUGCUGGUGAUCGGUGCCAAGUACAGGCUGUGUUGGAAGAGUGCCAUUUGGAUUUACUACGGCCGGGAGAGAGAUGGAUGGUGCCUGUACAGGUCAGAGUUCCCGCGGCUUCGAUUAGACAGCCUCUACGGGUGACUGGUGGAAACACUACUUGCCGCAACAGCCAUCCCACUGUUGACAAAGUCAUGACACAACUUCAGGAUUUACUGACGGAUUUUUCUCACGGGGACACCACGCAGCACAUCAUGUCUGCGCGGCUCGAAUACAGGCAUACAUUGUUAUCUGUCCAAAAUACCGUUCAGUUGGAGAGUUCUUGCAUGGUUGUUCGUGAUGUACAUGAGUUUGGAAUUGCAUCGUUGGAACCUUAA